CCGUUAAGUUCCACUCGACGCCACUUGAGGCUUGAGGAACUGACAAUAUCUCAUCUAAUUUAUCAAACCUUAUCCUUUUCCAAAGCUCACCUCUCUCUUUCUCUCAUGGCAACUCAGAAAUAACCCUGAAAUAUCUCGUCGAGCUUAGUUAUCGUAACCCUGUUCUCUCUUUCUCAAACCAAAAGUUUCUUCUUCUUCUUCGUCUAACUUUUAAUUGAAGAUCGAGUCGAUAUUACAGGAAAGCUAGAGAUAAGAGAGAAGCUAAUGGCUGUAAUUUCGGAGGCAACUUCAUCGACAUUCAAGCUUUCUUUUAUAACUCCCAAGUUCAAUCCAAAAUCUUACCACAAGAUUGAACGAAAGAUUUGCAUCCUCCCAAUUCCCAAUUUCCUCCCAAAACUACACCAAAACCGAGCUCAAUUGUCCCGGCCAACUUUAUCACUCUUUGCAACCUUGAGAGGUCCUCGAGGCUUUGGACCGUCUCCAAGGAAAACCAAGAAGACCAAGAAGCCAAAGAGAGAUAAUGACAGUGAUGAAGAAGAGGAAGAGGAGGAAGAAGAAGAUGAAGGGCCAGAUCAAGGAGUAAUACCAGAGGUAGUGACCAACAGGAUGAUGAGCAGGAUGGGUUUCUCAGUAGGGAUACCACUGUUCAUGGGGCUUUUAUUCUUCCCAUUCUUUUACUAUCUGAAAGUUGGACUGAAGAUUGAUGUGCCCACAUGGGUGCCUUUCAUUGUGUCAUUCUUCUUCUUUGGGUCUGCUCUCUUAGGGGUGAGUUAUGGGAUUGUAUCCUCUAGCUGGGAUCCAAUGAGGGAAGGUUCUCUCUUAGGUUGGAAUGAAGCUCAGAAGAACUGGCCUGUUUUUUGGCAGUCAAUCUGGGGUAGAUCUGGAAGAGAGUAGUAGAGGAUUUAUCUUUCUAUCACACCUCUUCUGCCUUCUGAUAUUUUUACCAUUUUCAAACCAUUAAAGUAACUUUGAUGGACUUUAAAUAUGUACAUUCAUGAUUCCAAAUUUCUAGGAUAGGUUUUCAGUUUUCUUUA